UCAAGGCAUUCAUCCAUAUCUUAAGCCUGCGAGAGGAACGGUCCAACGACACCAGCAGCAGCCUAACAAAAUAUACCAGAAACGCAAGCAUCUUGCGCGGCGCUGGAGAAUGAAACGCAGCUAUAAUGGGUGUAUAUAACAAAAAAGGAACUAUUAAAAACUUAACCGUCAGUCUUUUUUGAUUUUUGCUGCUGGUUAUAGACGUCAUUGGAGAAUUGGCAUCGUGCAGGAUUUCUAUGCUGUUUUAGUCGUCUCUACGUGUGGAUAUAUAGCGGAGAACAUUCUGUGGGAUUGAUUCACAACAGCUUCAACCAUGUCUGGCGCCUCCGUGAAAGUGGCUGUCAGAGUGCGGCCCUUCAACUCAAGAGAGACCAGCAAAGAUUCAAAAUGCAUAAUACAGAUGCAAGGGAACUCCACCACUAUUUUGAACCCCAAGAACCCAAAGGAACCACCCAAAUCCUUCAGCUUCGACUACUCGUACUGGUCUCACACCUCACCGGAUGACCCCAGCUUUGCGUCACAAAGCCUUGUGUACAAUGACAUCGGGAAGGAGAUGUUGCAGCAUGCUUUUGAGGGAUAUAACGUAUGUAUAUUCGCCUACGGACAGACCGGAGCUGGCAAGUCCUACACCAUGAUGGGAAAGCAAGAGGAAGGACAGGAAGGCAUUAUUCCUCUGCUCUGUGAAGAUCUCUUUGAGAAAAUCAAUGACAAUAACAAUGAGGAGAUCUCGUACUCGGUGGAGGUGGCUUAUAUGGAGAUAUACUGUGAGCGAGUGAGGGACCUGCUAAACCCUAAGAAUAAAGGGAACCUGCGUGUCAGGGAACAUCCUCUACUUGGGCCGUAUGUUGAAGACCUGUCAAAACUGGCCGUCACCUCUUACACAGACAUAGCUGACCUCAUGGAUGCUGGUAACAAAGCCAGAACUGUUGCCGCCACCAACAUGAAUGAGACGAGCAGCCGCUCUCAUGCAGUAUUCACUAUUGUUUUCACCCAGAGGAAGUAUGACAGUGAGACAGAUCUGUCCACAGAGAAGGUCAGCAAAAUCAGCCUGGUGGAUCUGGCAGGAAGUGAGCGUGCUGACUCAACAGGGGCCAAAGGAACCAGACUGAAGGAGGGAGCAAACAUCAAUAAAUCUCUAACUACACUAGGAAAGGUUAUUUCAGCCCUAGCUGAGGUGGAUAACUGUACCAGCAAGAGCAAGAAGAAAAAGAAGACAGACUUCAUUCCUUACCGAGACUCAGUGUUGACAUGGCUGCUAAGAGAGAAUUUAGGAGGGAACUCAAGGACAGCGAUGGUGGCCGCCCUGAGUCCUGCUGACAUUAACUACGAUGAAACUCUCAGCACACUCCGAUAUGCAGACAGAGCCAAGCAGAUCAAGUGCAACGCAGUCAUCAACGAGGACCCGAACGCCAAACUGGUGCGGGAGCUGAAGGACGAGGUGACACGUCUAAAGGAUCUGCUCCGUGCCCAGGGCCUUGGGGACAUUCUGGACAUCGAGCCAAUGGGGGAUGAUUACCUUGGAAGUGGAAGCAAAUACCUGAAAGAUAUACACAACAAUAAGCAUAGAUACUUGCUUGCCUCAGAGAACCAACGGCCUGGCCAUUUCUCCACAGCACCUAUGGGCUGCCUGACAGCCUCUCCGUCCUCAGGCUCUCUGUGCAGCCAGGUAGGGCUCCAGUCCGUCUCAAGCAUCCAGGAGCGCAUCAUGUCCACGCCGGGCGGAGAAGAGGCCAUCGAGAGGCUGAAGGAGUCAGAGAAGAUCAUAGCCGAGCUGAAUGAGACCUGGGAGGAGAAGCUGAGGAAGACUGAGGCCAUCCGUAUGGAGAGAGAGGCGCUGCUGGCAGAGAUGGGAGUGGCCAUACGGGAGGAUGGGGGAACCCUGGGUGUCUUCUCUCCUAAAAAGACCCCUCACCUGGUGAACCUGAACGAGGAUCCUUUGAUGUCAGAAUGUCUGCUUUAUUAUAUAAAAGAUGGAAUAACAAGGGUGGGCCAGGCAGAUGCAGAAAGAAGACAGGAUAUUGUUCUAAGCGGAGCGCACAUCAAAGAGGAGCACUGUAUUUUCCGCAGUGAGAGGAAUGCCAACGGAGAUGUGAUUGUCACGUUGGAGCCAUGUGAAGGAUCCGAAACAUAUGUGAACGGAAAACGUGUGAAUUCUGCAGUCCAACUGCGCUCAGGUAACCGCAUUAUCAUGGGAAAGAACCAUGUGUUCCGGUUUAACCAUCCUGAGCAGGCUCGCGCUGAGCGUGAGAAGACCCCCACAGCAGAGACCCCCGUAGAGCCAGUGGACUGGACCUUCGCCCAAAGAGAACUGCUGGAGAAACAGGGUAUCGACAUGAAGCAAGAGAUGGAGAAACGGCUUACAGAAAUGGAGAUCCUGUACAAAAAAGAGAAGGAAGAAGCGGACCAGCUGCUUGAGCAACAGAGACUGGUAUAUGAGAGUAAACUGCAAGAGCUGCAGAAACAGGUGGAGACUCGCUCACUGGCUGCAGAGACCCCAGAUGAAGAGGAAGAAGAAGAGGAAGAGGAUGAAGUGCCCUGGACCCAGCAUGAGUAUGAGCUGGCCCAGUGGGCUUUCAGGAAGUGGAGAUACCACCAGUUCACCUCUCUCAGAGACCAACUGUGGGGCAACGCUGUAUACCUCAAAGAAGCCAAUGCCAUCAGUGUGGAGCUCAAGAAAAAGGUCCAGUUCCAGUUUGUCUUACUCACGGACACCCUCUACUCUCCACUGCCCCCGGAGCUGCUGCCUCCAGAACCAGAGAAAGAGCGUGACACCAGGCCUUUCCCUCGAACAGUGGUGGCUGUGGAGGUUCAGGACUUGAAGAACGGAGCCACUCACUAUUGGUCCCUGGAGAAACUCAAGCAGAGGCUGGACCAGAUGCGAGAGAUGUAUGACCGUGCAGGCGAGAUGGCCUCGUCCAAUCAGAGUGAGGAUGUGGAGGGUGCUUUGACCGGCAGUGACCCGUUCUAUGACCGCUUCCAUUGGUUCAAGCUGGUUGGGAGCUCACCUAUUUUUCACGGCUGUGUGAACGAGCGUCUGGCCGACCGCACUCCCUCGCCCACAUUCUCCACCACCGAUUCUGAGAUCACUGAGCUGGCCGAUGAACGGCAGAGCGAGAUGGAGGACUUCAUGGAUGACGAGGCUUUCGUGGACGACACCAGCUCAGACGCUGGGACCGAGGAAGGCUCUGACAUCUUCAGCGAUGGGCAGGACCCCUUCUAUGACCGUUCCCCAUGGUUCAUCCUGGUGGGCAGAGCCUUCGUGUACCUGAGUAACCUGCUGUAUCCUGUGCCUCUGGUGCACCGUGUCGCUAUAGUAACAGAGAAAGGAGAGGUGCGAGGAUUCCUGCGAGUGGGGGUCCAAGCCAUCGCUGCUGACGAAGAGGCUCCUGAUUAUGGAUCUGGUGUGCGUCAGUCGGGCACUGCUAAGAUUUCUUUCGACAAUGAGUAUUUUAAAAAGAGUGAUUUCUCCUCCGUGGUCAUGACCCGCUCUGGCCUCUCUUUGGAAGAGCUGCGUAUUGUGGAAGGUCAAGGUCAGAGUUCGGAGGUCAUCACCCCUUCAGAAGAAAUGAACAGAAUAAAUGACAUGGACUUGAAGCUUGGGAACGUGGACACAAAACUGGGUGACGGCUUGGCAGAGCAUCUGGAAGUGGGCAGUAUUUUCACUUUCCGCGUCACUGUUCUGCAGGCGAGCGGCAUCCCGCCCGAGUACGCAGAUAUCUUCUGCCAGUUCAAUUUUCUCCAUCGUCACGAUGAGGCGUUCAGCACAGAGCCCCUGAAGAACACAGGCAAAGGUGCCCCGCUGGGCUUUUACCACGUACAGAAUAUCUCAGUGGAGGUGACGGAGUCCUUUAUUGAGUACAUAAAGACCAAGCCAAUUGUGUUUGAAGUGUUUGGCCAUUACCAACAGCACCCACUGCAUAUUCAUGGGCAGGAAGUUGUCAGCCCUUCUCAGCCUUCCAGAAAGUACUACCCCCCACCUAUGCCUUUGUCUAAACCAGUGCCAGCCACCAAACUGAACACCAUUACCAAGUCUAACCUGGGUCAGUGUGUGAGCAAGUAUGACCUGCUGGCCUGGUUCGAGAUCAGUGAACUGGAGCCCACUGGAGAUUACAUCCCAGCAGUAGUAGAUCACACAGGAGGUCUUCCCUGUCAUGGCACGUACCUUUUGCACCAGGGCAUUCAGCGUAGAAUAACAGUCACUCUGAUCCAUGAGAAGGGCAGUGAGCUGCAUUGGAAGGACGUCAGAGAGCUGGUGGUUGGUCGAAUUAGAAAUAAGCCAGAAGUGGAUGAUUCAGCUGCAGACGCAGUCCUGUCUCUCAACAUCAUCUCAGCUAAAAACUUGAAAUCUUCUCACAACUCCAGCAGGACGUUCUACCGGUUCGAGGCUGUCUGGGACAGCUCCCUGCACAACUCUCUCCUGCUGAACCGUGUCACUCCCUACGGAGAGAAGAUUUACAUGACCCUGUCAGCCUAUCUGGAGCUUGAUCACUGCAUCCAGCCUGCCAUCAUUACCAAGGACAUCUGCAUGGUCUUCUACUCCCGAGAUGCUAAGAUCUCUCCUCCACGCUCCCUGAGGAACCUAUUCGGCAGUGGUUACUCCAAAACCCCUGACUGUAAUAAAGUGACUGGAAUCUAUGAGCUUAGCUUAUGCAAAAUAGCUGACACAGGAAGCCCAGGUAUGCAGCGACGGAGACGAAAGGUUCUGGAUACAUCUGUGGCCUAUGUGCGUGGAGAGGAGAACCUGGCAGGCUGGAGACCCAGAGGAGACAGUCUGAUCCUGGAGCACCAGUGGGAGCUGGAGAAACUCGAGCAGUUGCAUGAGGUGGAGAAGACACGUCACCUGCUGCUGCUCCGUGAGAAACUGGGUGAGACGCCGCCUCCUAAAUGCCUGAGCGACUCUCUGUCUCCCAGUCUGAGCAGCGGCACCCUCAGCACCUCCACCAGCAUCUCCUCCCAGAUCUCCUCCACCACCUUUGAGAGCGCCAUCACGCCCAGUGAGAGCAGCGGAUACGACUCCACAGACAUCGAGAGCUUGGUAGACCGUGAGAAGGAGCUGGCCACUAAGUGCCUCCGUCUCCUGACACACACUUUCAACAGUGAAUACAACCAGAUGUGCAACAGCAUCAGUGACUGCAAGUUGUCGGAUAUCUCUCCUAUGGGCCGUGAUCCAUCCGUCACCAGUUUCAGCAGUGCUACGCUCACACCCUCCUCCACCUGCCCCUCUUUGUCAGACUCUCGGACCCCUGAAGCUAACUCUCGUGCCACUAGCCCCUCAUGCUCAGACUAUGAGAACUUCCCCAUGGUGCCCAUUCUAGAAACGUCCUACCUGGCCCGCGCCGGCAAACACGAGUUCCUCAACCUUGUGCCUGAUAUUGAGGAAAUGAGACCUGGGUCUGUGGUAUCUAAGAAGGGAUUCCUCAGUUUCAUGGAGCCCCGCUCCAACUCCUGGGUAAAGCACUUUGUGGUGGUUCGUCGGCCAUACGUGUUCAUCUACAACAACGACAAGGACCCAGUAGAGAGGGGAGUGCUGAAUUUAUCCACUGCCCAGGUGGAAUACAGUGAAGACCAGCAGGCCAUGCUCAAGACGCCUAAUACAUUCGCUGUGUGCACCAAGCACAGAGGGAUCCUCCUCCAGGCCAACAAUGACAAAGACAUGAACGACUGGCUGUAUGCCUUUAACCCACUGCUAGCAGGAACAAUAAGGUCAAAGCUGGCGAGGAGACGGUCCAGUCUGAUGAAGAACUGAACGAGCGUGCACACGCACAGAGAUAGUGCUCAUUUCUCUCUGUCUACCUUUACAACGUACCAAGUGUGUUAACACUUCUAAAUCUUUGUGGUUCUUGACGGUUUCUCUUGUAUGUAGACCUGUGGCUCUGUUCUCCUCUCCAGCAAAUGAACUUUCAGUUCCUAAACACCAACUGUCCCCUUCCUUCCUCCCUCCCUCCCUCCCUCCUCCUCCUCCUCCUCCCCUCUCUAUUGUGUUAUUGAUUGGAUUUACUCUGUCUUCAGUUUUGUUCUUUGUCAUAACAGAACCUCCUUCAAGUAGCAUGUUGUAAUAGUCUAUUUGUGUGUGCACGAAUCUUCAGAGCAGGUUCUGCUUUCUCUUGAGUUACGCUCGUCUGGAAACUUCAUCCUUACAGUGUUGUCUGCUAGGAACAUCUUACCCUCAGGAGAAAGUUGGUUUGCUAUAAAACCCCUUAGGCAAUGAGUAAAAAAAAAAAAAUAUUAAUAUAAAUAAUAUCUAAAAUAUUCCGUAUUUAAUUAUCACAAAAUCAACUUUCUCUAAAAGAAAAUAUACAAAACAAAUAGCUUUGCUCCAGAUGUUGCUUAAAAAAAGAUUUUUAAAUGAACCAAAGCACUUCUUGAAGAUGCUUAAUUUUCUAAACAAAGAAAUUGACCCUUAAACUGAAUGUUAUUGCAGUAUUGGUUUAAUGGAUUUGCUGAAUUGAAGCAAGCCGCGGUAGUUGGGACGUUGACCAUGUACAUACAGCCGUUUACUCGCAAUGUAUUUGCUUGACAUUAAUUCCACAUAUCAAGGACAUAAAACAUACCAUUAGCAAAGUACAGUAUGUAAUCAUAAGACGUAUAAUACCAGGGAAAGAAAAUGAUGGUGAUGAUCUCUCACAUAUCGCUCUUUCGGUAGCCUACAGGAGUAUUCUGCUCGAUUUAAACGAUUUCCUCAGUAGAUUAGGUUUAAAAAAAAAAAACAAAUGGUGCAAAAGAAUUACCUUUACACAGAACAACUGACCGAAUGAAUCCAUUUGUACAUAACGUUCAGGAUUACUGUGCUUAACGCUACUCAUGACGAGACAUGAUGCAUUAUGGGUUUCUGUCCUUGUUAUUGUAUUACUGAAACCAUUUUCUGGCAGUUUUAGCAAGAAAGAUCUGAUGGUUUUGCUUCAGUGAGAUACUGAUUUGAUAGGUUACAGUUAACGAAAUGACGGAUUGAAUUAUUUGUGUGGUUUAUUUUUGCUGGUCAGCAGGAUCAUUAAACCAGCCUACAUUCCCCUUGAGAAUGAGCAGGAUCACUUUUUAAUAUUAUUGAACAUUUAUCAUGUAUCUCUACUGAUUAUCUUAACUUAUUUUUAUUAACAUGUGAUCAGUGUUUUACAUUAUACAAUGGAAGGCAAGAAGGGCACCUUUCCUCAUUUUUAUUCAGCUGUUCUUCUUUACUUGUUUGAGCAGACCAAGUUUGACCACUAAAACAGUUUGAUCACUGUCAGUAGAAAUUGGGCCAUUUGUGCCAUUCACUGCAGUGCAGUGUGCGUCUGCAGUGAGGAAAAAGGGAUGGUAGUGUUCUGCUUUUUGUAAUGUUUUUGUUUUGAAAAUCUUUGCUCUGUGCAUUUGAAGACAUGCAGUCAAGACACACAUGCUGAAGUUAGCAGUGAUUCAGUUUGAUGGUGAAGUUUCAGCCAUUUGGUUGAGCAUAUAACAGUCCUCUGGCCAGACAACCAGCAGGAAUUACUGUCACACUGUCAGACUGAUCACUGUCAAUCCUUAUGAAGUCAAUAUUCUUGCUGCAUCAUACACGGCACUUUCUCUUAUUGAAGGAAACACAUGAAAAUGGCUCGGAAAGUCAAGUCCUUCGGUCAACCAGCCUUUAGGCUUCAUCUGAGCUGUUUGAUUGUUACAUCAUCAGUGAAAAUGUUCAAAUUUAAUAUUCAGAUCCGGCACAGUGUGCGUAACGGUUAGUGAAGGUUAGCGUUGAUCUAAUUACAUGACAAGUGUGAUUAAUGUUAAAAAAAAACAUUUUGCCAGAGCAAAGAUUUUUCUUUUUUUAUUAUUAUUUUUUUACCAUCUUUGAGUGGUUUGGUUGAUUAAUAUGAUAUUCAUAAUGAAUUUCAUUAACUGUAUUUAUUGUUUUGCAAUGUAUAUAUUUAGUUUGCAGCUCUUUGCACAUGUGCUAUACAACUAACAGAACAAAUAAACUUGAACGAUGUUUUUGUUGUUUUCUCGAAUGGAAACCAAAUGGUUUUAGGUUGUGGUGUUUUUCUCAUUGAAGUGGACUUUGAAUGUACCUUGCGUUUCACUAAAAUUGCAUGAAUGAAAGACGAGUAUCUUAAUUAGGGACUGACAUGUUGCUGUGCUUCUUAUUCUUGAAAUAGAAAUCUGACUGUGUUACAAGGGCACUUUUUCACAUUUAGUCUAGAUAUGGAGGGCAGAGUUAUGAUGAGGCCUGUUCAUUUUGAUUUCUAACAUCAGGGAAUAUAUUUUCUAGAAAAAUAACAUGUUUUGCUUUACCUCUGUUUUUGUGCUCACUCAUGCAUUUUUUUCCCAUGCUGCCUCUGAAGCAACCUUGGCAUUACUGUAUCACCCCAUCAGAUGAGCAUCACUCCCUCUCAUUGUGAUGAAACAACAGAAAACAGGCAUUAACACUGUACAUUAUUUGUCAGAUUGGCUUCAUUUUCAUACUUAUUUUGUAAAUAUUUCAUGUUGUAUGGAACUUGGAUUAAAAUGUAAAUAUGUCUCCUGUAUUUGUAAUAAUUAUAAUCCAUUCGCUGUAUAGCCUAGACGUGUAAUGCAUAUAUCUUAAUUCUGUGUAUGGUAAUCUUGCACCAUUGACCUGUUUAGUGAAUGAGGUAAAAAUAAAAUUACAACCAGUGCAUUAGACGAACAA